UUUAACCAUCCUGUGCAACCACUUCCUGUCUCCGGGUUGCACAAAGUGUCUACAUGUGUCCUGCUCAGCAUGGACGGAGGACUUCUUUGUGCACAUCGAGGAGGAGUCUGCCGUUUGACUUCCAGGAGCUGCUUGGUUGGCCACCGCCUUCCACGCGCUCCCCCCUCCCUCCUCCCAUCAUCUGCAGCAGCAGCAGCAAGCAUCCCAGUGCCUCCCGGACCUAUGAAGAAAGCCCUCCCUCCCCAUCAGUCUGCUCGGCACCUCCCUGCCACGAUGGGCUGCCUGCUCCACGCUAUGUUGUUGUGUUGAUAUCGAGAUAUUUCAGUCAUCAAAUAUGAAUCAUGCGUUUGAUAUUUCUGGCCACUUUGCUCGUCAGCAUCCUCACGCUUGGGCUUCACGCAUCGCUAGCGUCAUCCGUUUCUCACAGAGCAGAGGACAAGGUUGAGAAGGACGCAGUGCCGGUGAAGCAACAGGCAACUGCAGCACCUGCUACUGAAAACACAACAGCAGCCGAGCAUGUGAUCACCUACCCAUCGCGUCUCAUCUACUACCUAAACGAGGGCUCGGAGAGCACCUACCGUGACCUGGACACGAGGGCCAGGGGCCAAGCCACUGAGGGCCAGGCAAUCCACCUUGCUCAGGUUAGCUUCCAGUUAGAAGCCUUUGGCACCCAAUUUGUUCUGGAUCUAACACUGAACAAUGACUUGCUAUCCUCAGAUUAUGUUGAGAUCCACUACGAGGGGGGGAAACCUGUCCUCUCAAAGGGCGGUGAGCACUGUUACUACCACGGCCAGGUGAGAGGCAACGAUGACUCCCGUGUGGCCUUAUCUACCUGCAACGGGCUGCAUGGGAUGUUUGACGAUGGAGCCUAUGUGUACGUAAUUGAGCCGCUACAACAGACUUAUUCAAUCGACGCAGUUGGAAGGCCUCAUCAGCUCAGAAGAGGUGCAUCGCUUCGGUGGAAAAAUGACUCACAAGAACCGGCCGAGGAGGAGGAGCGGCUCUUCUCGGAGCUGGAUGACUUGUCCUGGCUGAAGCGCAGGAAAAAGCGAGCCGUCUCUGUGUUUGAGGAAAUGAAAUAUUUGGAGAUUAUGAUUGUUAGCGACCACAGUAUGUACAAACGACACAAAACCAAGCAGCUCACCAGAAAUUUUGCCAAGUCGGUGGUGAAUCUAGUGGACGCCGUCUUCAAAGACGAGCUGCGAACGCGCGUGGUGCUCGUCGCUUUGGAGAUCUGGACAGACAAAGAUCGGAUCCCCGUCAGCGUGAGGCCGCUGGAAAUGCUGCGUGAUUUCUCCAAGUACCGCCAGCAGAGCAUCAAGCACCACGCAGACGCCGUGCACCUCUUCUCAGACGUAACCUUCCACUACCGCAGAAGCAGCGCAGCCUACUUUGGGGGCAUGUGUUCUGUGAGUCGUGGCGUUGGAGUCAAUGAGUAUGGCGGCACAUCGUCCAUGGCAGGCUCGUUAUCCCAGAGCUUGGCUCAGAAUCUGGCCAUCCAGUGGGACCCAGCAUCAAAGAGAAAGGAAUGCGGUUGCCCUGGCUCGUAUCCUGGCUGCAUAAUGGAGGACACCGGCAUCCAACACCCACGGAAAUUCUCCAAAUGCAGCAUCUCGGACUAUAAGGACUUCCUCCUGAAAGGCGGCGGCUCGUGUCUGUUUAACAGGCCCACAAAGCUCUUCGAGGCCACUGAGUGUGGGAAUGGAUUUGUGGAAGUGGGAGAGGAGUGUGACUGCGGCGCAAGAGCUGAAUGCUACAAAGGAUGCUGCAAAAAGUGUUCACUGGCCAACGGUGCGCACUGCAGCGACGGCCCGUGCUGCAAUAACACGUGCCUGUUCUUGCCACGAGGUUACAGUUGCCGCUAUGCUGUGAAUGACUGCGAUAUCUCAGAGACCUGCUCUGGGGACUCUGGACAGUGUCCUCCCAAUCUGCAUAAACAAGACGGUUAUCUCUGUCAGGUAAACCAGGGCCGCUGCUACAGUGGAGAGUGCAAGACCCGAGAGAACCAGUGUAGAUACAUCUGGGGUCCGAAGGCCGGAGGCUCUGAGAAGUUCUGCUAUGAGAAGCUAAACACGGAGGGCACGGAGAAGGGCAACUGUGGAAGGGACGGCGACAAAUGGAUGCAGUGCAGCAAACAUGAUGUUUUCUGUGGUUUUCUCUUGUGUACCAACAUCGGCCGCAACCCACGCAUUGGAACCAUGAAAGGAGACAUCACCCCCACCUCUUUUAACCAUCAAGGCAGGCUGAUAGACUGCAGUGGUGGACAUGUUCUGUUGGAUGAUGAGACGGAUUUAGGCUACGUGGAUGACGGGACUCCUUGUGGGCCAUCCAUGAUGUGCCUUGACCGCAAGUGUCUGUCCAUCCAAUCCCUCAACAUUAGCACCUGCCCCAUUGGACCUAAUGGGCAAGUGUGUUCUGCUCACGGGGUGUGCAACAAUGAAGCCACAUGCACCUGUGACACCACGUGGGCGGGGACAGACUGUAGUAUGCCCGACCCUCCGAAAGCGCCUGACACUACGCCAACUCAAGGACCCAAGGAAGAUGACAUGGACACCGCAGCUUUAAUGGCGGUACGGGUGGUGUGUCUUCUGACAGGGUGGUAAUGGUAACCAUGCUCCUUUUCCCUCCACACAGUGAGCGUGGCCACUAACAGGCUGAUAGGGGCAGUAGCAGGGACCAUUCUGGCCCUGGGGGUGAUUUUUGGAGGCACAGGGUGGGGAAUAGAGUAAGCAUUUUUUUUUUUUUUUACAGCUCUUCCUCUCAUAGUGGUGCCUCAGUGUGCGGGCGCUCUUGUGAGCCGGCCUGAGCCCGUGUGUGCGUCCCGGUGGCUUUGUGUCUUCUUGUGUGUUGGUGAUGACCAUAUAAUCGUGUCUUAUGAUUGGUUGUUUUCAGUGUUGUGUGAUUGAUCGAUGGAAUCCCUCCCCCCCGCCCUCUUUCCCUUCCUUCUUCGAUUCUCCUUCCGCUUCCUCGUGUUCCCCCAUUCUAACCCCUUUUCUUCAUCUGCUUCCUCUCCCUUUUUCUCUUCUUCUUAGUCGUCAUGUGGUUGCUCCUGUGAUCCUCUCCUUUCUGGGGCAUGUGGGGCAUUUAGAUGGAUAGCUGUCCACAACCAGAAGAAGCAUCCCGUUGCAGUGUGUAGACCCCUAAAAGCAUUUUCUGCAUACUGCAGGCCACACCAUCAAUCUGUUAAAUUAAACAUUUGAUGGCUGAUCAGUCCUCCCAGUGAUGAUCAUCUAGAACGGGGCUGGAGAGCAUGCAAGACAUUGUCGGAGUCUGUAAUCAUGUGGAAUGGUUACAUGUUAUUGGUACAGCAAGUCGGCAUAGAAACUCAUGUCUUUUUCCCCCAUAACCCUUUGCAGGUCCUAGUGCCACCAAUCUAAUAAUAGGCUCCAUCGCCGGAGCCAUCCUUGUGGCUGCCAUAGUGCUGGGGGGGACUGGAUGGGGUUUUAAGUAAGCAAACACGCCGCAUGCCUCUCCUGCUCGAUCUCGUAGCAUCCCUGCUGCUUUUAGAUGCCAGGGUUUGAGCUCCUGCUGCAGAAUAUGGACACACAUUGCGCCCGGCAUCUGUUCGGAGACGCCAAGGCUCAUGUUACGCACACGCCCUUGUCCUGACAACGAGUAGAGAUGCUCAAGGUUGCACCACACGAGGACGGUCUGUGGAUCUGUAGCAGAACCUCAAACGGAUUGGGCAGACAGGGCCGAGCUGAGUGCUUGACAUGCAUGUUCGGACGGCAGUUAAAAUGCUUCGAAGAGGGUGUUGUUGUUAUUUUAAGCUAAAAUCGAGCGCAAUUCUUGGCGGUAGAUUUGUAAAAGCAGUGGAGCAUCGAUUGAGUUGUUACUUGUCUUUCUCGGAAUGGACUAAAAAAUGCAAAGAACCCUGCAGCCACCCAGGCAUGACACCAUGCAAAAGCACCAUGAUGGAAAAAAGUCAAAACCAGAAGAGGAAUGGCACCCAGUAGAGCGCAUACCUCCGCCAAGGCCAAUGUGAGGAACACGAUCAAGCCAGUCUCUACCCAAACUGGGAAUGGGUCCAUCCUUGAUCCUUGUGCCGUGGGCCAAUUAAAAAAAAACAAAAAACUAUUGGCCCCGGGGCCGCACUUUGGAGACCCCUGUGGUGGUACCUUGGUUUUUCUUAUUAAUCCAUCUGUUGAAUACUAAAUCGUGCCAAAACCUGACUCAAUUUUUCCCAUAUGAAAUUAUGUAAAUCCAAUUAAUUAGUUUCAGACACCCCACAAUUAUUAACACAAAACACAUUUUAACAUCCCUUUUACCUUUAUUGAAGACUCUUGCUGGUGAAGACGACGAUGAGCAGAGUGGGAUGAGGACUAUAUGGUAUAUGUUACUCUACAUACAAGCCACAUUUAUAUGAUGCAAUAACUAUAUACAAAAAUUAAAUCAAACAACUAUAUACAAAAGCGAUGUAAAAUACUUAUUUGCAAAACUAUAUACAAAAAAGACAUAGGGAGACUUUUUUGUUAUCAUUUGUAGUUUUGCAUUGGUGGGGGCUUUUUUAUUUAAGAGUUAAUAGUUAACAACUCGAUUAAAUAUGAUUAUAUUGAAUUUUUUCUGAUUUUUUGCUGCCCCCUUGAGGCCACAGCACCCUUAACAUUUGCCUAUUUUGCGAUGCAAUUUGGAGACAAACUGCCAUUUUUCGAUACUAUGUUAAAAUCAUUGACAUACAGAUGUAACACACUUGGCGGAGGUACAAAACAAAAAAAAGGACGUGCAUGUUCACUUGUUGGCUUGGAGGAGGUCAGUUAAUUGCCCAAAGGCGGAGCCAAACCGGGGAUGGUCCGUGCUUGUCGUGCUCUCACUACCGCAGUUUUUUUCUCAGUCUGUUACUGUUCGAUGGUGACGUUUCCCUGGGCGGUGAGGGUCACGGAGAGUGAGAGAGGCAAGCCAGGACCUUUUUGCUGGCCGUGGCUGGCCACACCCACCAGGGAUGACCAGGCUCCGCCCUAGAGCAAAGCAGGACUCUCUGACCCGCUGCCCCCUCCUAACCACCGGCCUCCAUUGCUGCCUGCUUCACAGACCCGGUACAGACACGGCGCAUUGCACUGCAUGAAACCAAGCACAGCAGUACCGCCUUCCAACUGGCCUUCUAUUGGAUGAGGUGCAUGACAUGAUAAGAGAUAGGAGCCCCUUCAACAAGCCACAGUACGGGGAGGUUGUGCAUCACUCCUGUUGUCGUAUUUGUCGUCCCAUUGUUGUGCUAGUUACCGCCGUCGCUGCUGUUGCUGAUGCUGUGAUUGUUUUGGAUGUCUUUCCAUCCUCUGGAGAUGAUAUUGUAUGUCAGCUUUCUCCUCACACACUGGUAAUGACACACGCGACCUCUGUACACAUGCAUGUACGCUCCAGCUGCCUGCAAGGAGCCAUCAGGGUUUGUUUGCAUUCACAGACCGAACAACACUUUCAUGGAUACAGCCAGCGUCACAUCACAUUCAAGUGGAAGCUACAAAUUCAAAUACAGCUGAAGUUGGACAAUUCACAAUGUGGCCGCAAGCUUCCUUGACACACAGUGUCAGUAAUCCCUCGUUUAUCGCGAUUAAUUGGUUCCAGACUCGAUAGUGAAUUUCCAAAAAGUAGGAUUUCCAUCCAUCCAUCCAUCCAUCCAUCCAUCCAUCCAUCCAUCCAUCCAUUUUCUGAAGUAGGAUUUCUUAUUUAUGAAUAAUAAUAAUGAUCAUAGUAAUAAUACAUUUUAUUUUCAAAAGCUCAAAGACACUUUACACAGUAAAAGCAAACAAAUACAAGUGUACAACAUAGCAAAAUAGCAGUAGAAAGUGAAAAGCAAAAAGCAGAGUUCAGAACAAAUACAGUUAAAAGUUCAUACAAAAGACAGCAGUGUCACAGAUGUAAGGGAGGGGGGGCGACAACAGAGAAUCAUAGAAAAUCUGUUUACAAACUUCUAAAUUUGUUUUUUUAACAUUAUUAGAGACCUCUGGGCAUGAAAUAAUACCCCUGUAGUAACCUUUACACUCUUACAUCCAAUAUAGUGGACAUAAUAAGAGAAACAAGACUUGUGCUUGUGUGUGUUGCUGUAAAUGUGUUCUGGUGUGAGUGGAGGAUUAUUGUGUGUGUGUUUGUGUGUCUCACCCAACAUUACAGUAACAAUACUGACACUAGAGACCAGUGUGAAUACCUGAAUACCUUUUUUUUUUCUUUUUUUUUUUUACAAUUUUUCCCAUAGGAAAUAAUGUCAAUUAGGACACCUGAUUCCACGGUAUGAUACAGUACAGGGCAAACGCACUACAGUGAUAUUUCAUUCUUCAAAUUUUGUAGCUUCACUCUAUUACAGUUUUCUAAAAAUAUAUGAAUUAAUAAAUCAUGCUGCUUCAAAUAUGCAUAUUUAUGUAUGCAUAUGUAGUAUUCUACUUUAGUCACUAGGUGUCAGUAAUGUUACUGUAAUGUUGGGUGACACACACAAGCACCAGACUUGAUGGCCGGAACAUCAGGCUUUUGUUGCAGGUUUGAAUGGUCUCACAACAGCCACAAUAAUCCCUCAUAGCUCAUAUCAAGCUAAAACUCAACUGUGAAACCCCAACGUCACUUCCUGUUUGCCCCCCCCAGCACCGGAACAACACACAUAAGCAUUUAUGUCUUAAAUCUCUUAUUUUGUUCUUAUUAUGUGUACUAUAUUGUGUAAUAGGAGUGUAAAGGUGACUGUAGGGGUGUUAUUUCAUGGCACAAGGCCUCUAAUAAUUUUAAAAACCGUAUUUAGGUCUAAGUGCUCAAUGUACGAAUAUGUUGUAUUUACAAAUAAGGAAUUCUACUUUGCAGGAUUUGGCUUAUCACGGUCGGGUCUGGAACCAAUUAAGCACGGUAAGCGAGGGAUUACAAAAUUUUGGCGACAAUUUUUAUCCAAAACCGAGGCGUACAAAAACCAAGGUUUGACACUAUUUUAAUUGGAGGCUGACUCGCGUCCGUAAAGAAAUUGUGUUGGACCUGAGAUGUUCCACAACGUUUCAUCAUGCUGCGGUGGCCUGCAUUGCACAUAAACACAACAUAAGACAUCCCAACUACCAAGGUUUGUGAACGUAAAGACACAUCUGGUGACUUGUGGCCAACAUGGACCAGCCUUUUCCUCACUUCAGUCUCCUCCUCAGCAUUUGGAACUCAUUUCACUACUUUUUUUUUUUACCUCGCACGUACUUUGACUUGGAAUGUUGCCCAUCAUCCACAAUCCUUGUGUGAGACAUGAACACACAUGUCUUUCCUUUUUCUGUGCAUUCUAAAGCUAUAAAAACAGACAAAAAGAGGCAGCUAAGAAUGCACAUAAUGGGACACAUCCCGUCCGCUUAUACAGCCAUCUGAACCUCUCCAAACCUCCAAAAACCACCAACAACGCUUCGUUUACAUAAUGUGACCUGCAUAUUAACCAAGCUGCAGCAACAUUGUUAUUGUAAGCGCUAAUGCCGAAUAACUACUUUUCUGGCGUAGUGACACCUCGUCACACCACACUGGUGAGCAACUAGCUUCACCACACACUUGCUCACAAUGUCUCAGGCCUCUACCGAUAGGUAACGCUACAUAUUGGAGGUGCCGCCACUGCUGCUGUGUUUUGUGUUUUUGAGUUUGGGAAAGUUAAUGCUAGGUGUAGCGUUCCUUUCUAUGUUACUAUGUGAAAUCAAUGCACCCAGUGAGCAAUGAAGUUCCGCUAAUGCUUAAAAUCACCAAGAUACGGCAAAAUAGUGUAAGUAUUACAUGUUAUGAAUGUUCCUGUUACUACAUUUCUACGGCAUGGAUGUAAAACCAUAAAACUUUGUCAGAGGUUGUUGGAGGUGUUUUAAUAGCGGGAUUUCUUGGCGGAAUAGGUGUGCCCCAUUACGUGCAAUUAUGAGCUGUCUCUUUUUUAUCUCUUUUCAUAUCUUUAGAAGGCACAGAAAAGAGAAAGAUGUACAUGUAUGUUAGUGUCUCACAUAAUGGGCAAAAUUCCCAAAAAAGUGCGCUUUUCCUUUAAAAAGUCUGACUUAGACUGAAGGGACGAGUGAUGGCGGUGACCAUGUUGCACUGGCCGUGUCACGCAUGCGACUGCAACAAAACUAACACAUGUUUCUUGUCUCCUCGUAAGAAAUGUGAAGAAACGGCGGUACGACCCCAACGCCACAGCCAUUUAAACCUGACGGGCGGAGGGAGCGAAGCCAAUCACAGAGGGACUCCUUCAAGGCUUCCUUAGUUGGUUACCUGACAGCUGGACUGCACUUACUGCUGCUGACUUUUGGCAUUAGAUUUACUUGAAUAAUAAUAAUAAUGAAAAAAAUAUAUAUAUAUAUAUAUAGCGGACAUUUUAACAAAUUCCAUUGUAGUGACAUUAGACGCGCAGCCUUUUAGCCUUUCACAUCACGCAUAACACCCCCACCCUGAUCUCUAGAAUGACAGCGCUCCUCUAUACCGUCCUCCCUUUUUUUGUGCGGGCGUUCGGGAGUGGAGUUGGACUCCAUGCCACCCCCACACCUGGCAUGAUUGCCCACGCUCAUUGCUGGCAUGAAGAGCUCCUCCAGGGGGCUCUGCAUGGCUACGUAAUCUAUGAAUAUAAAGCAACAACACCCAUCCAAAAGAACGGAAAGCAUCUCUCCUGGUGAUAGUGGAGCUAAAACAACUGCAUGUGAGGCAGGCCCAUGACCAAACAGUGUUGUAAAUACAUUGAGGAGUUCAGGUUUGAAAUGAUUACCAUCAUUUCUUUUUUUUACAUUAGCAUGUUUUCCUGCAGGCUAUUGAUACACCGUAACUAUGAUUUUGGGCCGUAAGUUUCAGAGAAGCGUGUCAGCUCUAGUGAGAUCAAAGUCCAGUAAGCGGGCCCCGUGGCGGUACUCUCCAGCGUGACUCAAAAAGCCAAAGAACCAAUCAUCAUGAACAUAUGGAUGUUGCACACAGAGCACUUUGCCCUCUGUCUGCCUCUCGUCGCCAUGUGAGGCCAUCAGGUCCCGAUACGCGACCAACCAGGGCUCACCCAUCGACACCCACGACAUCAGGCUUAGCCUUGGACUCUCAUCCACUCUUAGUAGGAACUGAGUCUACCGGAAACGCUGCAUGCAAUCACUACUUUAUAGUGGGCUUAUUCUAAUUCUAUAUGAGAGUCCCCUAGACGGCGUCAGAAAAUAUGCUACAAAAGUUAGGUGCAUGUCCACAAGUAAAACAUUGAACUUUUAUUUACUAUGCAAAGAGAGAUAUUGCACAAAACGUAUGGGUAAUCAUGUCAUCACGACCGACAUGGAACGAGCAAAACCUUCUGCGAAUCGUCGUUUCUAUUUCAUCCUGUUCCAUUUUGCUUCAGAUGACAGCGACAAAGAACUGGAUUCAUACGUGCCGCGACAAAUAAGCAAGAGAGCGCACUUGUUGACAUUUUUGUGUGUGCGUGUCGCCCCAUCUGUUUUCCAUCACACAUUCACACUAAACGGUGCCUGUACAUACCGAAGCCUGACCCGCGUCUUGGUGCAGGGUUAUUCUUGUUUUUCCUCUCCAGAUGGCGACAUUUCCCUGUAAGCUUCCCAUGUUUCUUGUCCUCUGCUGUCCUCUCACUGCAUCAUGUACACUUGAAAUGGUGAAUAAACUACUGACAAGUU